AAUAGCACUCAUAUGAGCAAUUAAUUAUACAGACAAAACCAGCUCUUGGCUUCCCCACACUGCUCCUAAGCCUCUGAAGCCGGUGGUUGGCUAUUCCGAGGAAGAGGAGCAGAUGGGAAAGAAGCUGGACUUUCUGCUGAGAAGGACCUCAAGGAAGAUAUCCAAGCUCAAGACCCUCCUCGGCCUCACCGUAUCUCGCCUCGCCAUACUCCGCAACCACCGCAAGGUCCGGUGCGCCCAGGCCCGUGGCGACGUCGCUCAGCUCCUCCAACUCGACCAUGUUGACCGCGCUCUCCUCCGGGUGGAGCAUGCGAUAAAGGAGCAGAACAUGUUGGAUGUGUAUGUGAUGAUAGAAGGCUACUGCCAUCUCGUCACCGAGAGGGCUAUCCUCUUGGAGCACCAGAAGGAGUGCCCGGAGGAGCUCCGGGAGGCGAUCUCGAGCCUAAUCUUUGCUGCCUCGAGGUGUGGGGACCUACACGAGCUGCAAAGUGCUCGAUAUAUGUUUGCAUCCCUGUUCGGGAAGGAAUUUGCUGCUGCAGCAGUCGAGCUGCGGAACAGUUGUGGAGUAAAUCCGAAGAUGAUACAGAAGCUGUCAACCAGACAGCCAAGCCUGGAAAACAGACAGAGGGUGACAAAGGAGAUUGCUGCCGAGAAAGGGAUCAAACUGGAUUUCGAUGAGCCGCCUCCUGAGAUCCCAGAGGUGGAUCCAAAUUACCCGGAGCAGAGAAGGAAUCAGAGCCAGCCAGUGGUGAACAUGUCACUGGAUACCACCCAGGAGGUGUCUGAAUUGGAUCAGGACGAGAGUUCGUCCCUGCGAAGACGUCGGCAGAAGUACAAAGAUGUGGCGAGUGCGGCACAAGCUGCCUACGAAUCUGCGGCACAUGCUGCAGCAGCUGCAAGGGCUGCGGUGGAGAUCUCGCGAUCAGAGUCUCAAGGGGACGAUUUCGGUGGUCCGGCCAAAUCAGAUGGUGAAAGGAAAACUGGAUUAUAUGAACAGACCCCGAAUAUUGAGGACGAAACUUGGACGGGAGUUAGCGACGUUGAGAAGAUCCAUCCGGUCCAGAGCUACAGUUCAGAGUCAGAAGAGGAGACACCGGCACAUAACAAGUUCAUGCCAUGGCUGGAGAGAUCCUCAUCUUCUUCAAGCUCAGAUCCUACUGAGGCUCCAUUUCAGGAUAAAAAAAUGGCUUCAAAUGAAUUGAGCUCCCCGGGGCCAAGAGGGAAGGAAAUUUUGUUCGAUGAGAGUGAGAUGGACGUGCUGGGAAGAAAUGGACGUGGGAACCAAAUGCACAGUCGCUUUGACUUGGCUUCAGAUGAAAGCUUAUCUGACAAGCAACGAGUCUCUUACCUUCAGCCUCCUUACCGAAGAAACCCAGUAAGAUAUAAUAUGAAUGAGUCUUUGCAUGAAGAGAUGGAUCAGAAGGGAUGGGGAUCAAAGGAUGAAGAUAAUGCUGCAAUGUAUUAUUCUGAAGCUGGAUCAAGAACUGAAAGCGUUUUCGUGGAUCCUGCAGAUAAGAUGCACAUGCAACACUCAAAUGGAGGGAAGAAAGCUGUCUCCGUGAGGACCCGAAGAGGAUUUUAGCUGCAAUGUAUGAUAGAAAAGAGCGAGCAUGCUGUUUCAUAAAUGGAUCAUCAUCCUUGUUUAGCUGAUGCAAGGCAAUGUAAAUUCUGUGUGUUGAUUUUGAUAUGCUGCCAGAUUUGGUGUAAUUUUUGCUUUCUACUAAUGCCCGUUCAGGAGCUUGGAUGAGGAUAUAGGCUAAAUCACCUAUUUUGCCCUUGUGCU